AAAAGAGAAAAACCAGAGAAAAAAAAUAUAUACACAUAUAUGACAAAACCAAAAAAAAAAAAAUUUCGAAUACAUUGAAGUAAAUGCGUUUUAUUGUAUCUUUAAGAUAAAAGUAAAAUGCCUAAGCGACAGCAAAAAGAAUGUCUUGAAGUGAGUAGCGAACGAGAAAAUUUCAAGAAUUCCAGUCAUAACAACCACCAACACAACACCAAUAGCUAUAAUACUAACAACCACAACAACAACUACAACUACAACGAGAAUGACAACAACAAUGCCAAUAAAAGCAAUAAUAUCAAGAAUAAAAAUAACAACAACAACAACAACAAAUGUAACCAAAAAAUUGAUCGCUCUAUGGUCGAACGCUUUCAUAACACAAGCGAGUCAUUUAAUAACGAGUGCCGUGCUGAUCGUGUCACAUGUGACGCUUCUAAGAGAAUCCAAGCGGGAAAGAACACAUUUGUGCGCGAUAUUAAUUACAUAAAAACGCCCAAUGCGGAGCACGAAUACGAAAAUUUAAAAUUUGAUUUGAAUUUAAGUAAAUCGCUACUUCUGCAAAAAUUUUUCCACAGCACCGAGAAGAAUUGUGCAAUAUAUGAGAAUUUGUGCAGGGGUUGCGGUUACGGGGUAUUCGAAGCGCGCGGAAAUCUGUGUUUCUUUUGCGAAUGCAUAGUGCAUGGUGUGCAAGUGCGAAAAGCAAGCACAGUAACGGAAAUCCCAGACGACACCAGUGCGAAUAUAUAUGAGAACAUAUGCGAUAAAUGCGGUUCGGUUUACAGUGACGACGAAUGCAUUUGCUGCAGUGUGAGUGACGUGCCCAUAGCAUAUGAGAGUUGGAAUAAUUGUAACGAAACCAAAGACGCAACAAGUAGUAGUGAUAAGACAAUAGAUAGUGCUGUAAACAGUGAUAAAAGUAACCAAACUAAAGAUACUAAAUUAGGUAAAUCGAAAUCGUUCAAUAAACGUGACAAACUAAGUCUAUUUCACGGUUUUAUCGGUUCAUUAAAGCGUGCAAGAACUGCUGUAACACAACCCAAUGAGACAACAGCGGUGGUGAAUACGCGUAAACGUUUAGAAAUCGUACAUAAUGUCGAUGGUUAUGAGAACGUCUUUCGCACGCAAGAGACAUUUGAUCUACAACGUAUUUGCCAAUUAAAACGUAAUAAACAAACGAGUACAAGUGAUCAACAUAUAUAUGGUAGGCUGAAAAGUACACCAGAGACACCAGAGGAGGAUGUGGUGAAUAGUGAAAAAGUAUUACCAAUACAGUUAUCACAAUCACAUGAUCAAUUGCUGCAAACAGCCAACACCGCAACAACAACAACAGUUAAUUCAAUACCAACAGCAGCGUCAAGUGUAAAUAGUUUGGAUGCAAGCGUAAAACAAAAAUUAAAAAAUUGUAAAAAAUACGGAAGAUUUGUGAAGCGACCGCGUAUAUCCAAACCGCGUCUCUUACGCACAACUUCCCAAAGUACCGAGAGUAGUACAAAUACACUGAAUAACAGUAGCGCUAACAGUCAGAAUAAUACGAGUUCAAUUGGGCGCAAUAAAACAGAAAAAUAUUCGCUUUAUUUAAGCGAGAGCGUUUGCAAUUGGAUGACAUCACUGCGACGUGAAAUACACAAUUAUCAUUGUUUGGGUACAACGCUCGAUGAUAACAUUGGCCAUUGCACACCGAAAAGUAUACCCGCGAAGAAUACACUGAUUUAUUACACAAACGGUGGUUCCGGUGUAAACGACGACCACGACUACGACGACUACGACUACGACUACGACGGUAUACGCAACAACGGCGCCAAACAUUGUUUUAAUCAGGCAAUUAGCGAGAAUAAUUUAGUGACUAAUUGUCAAAAUAUUGACAACGAUAAGUUAGAGAAAUUCUAUAAUAGUGACGUAUUUACUAGUUAUAGUGACGACCACGACGAGUAUUGUGACAACAACGCUAACGAUAAAUAUCAUUUAAGCAAUGAUGAAAUUGCAACACUGAGAAGACAAAAUUAUACUUAUUUAUUUGAAGGAGAAGAAGAAGAAGAAGAAGAAUAUAGGGAAGUGAACGUAAGACAACAAGAAUUCUACCAGAGAUCACCUGUUGCUCAAAUGGUACAUGAAUUUAAAUGUAAUUUAUUGGCAAGACAAAUGCAGCAGCAACAACAGCAACAACAACAACAAACACACCAACAACAACAACAGCGUAGAUAUGCCGCUGUUGGUGGUGGUGAACAAACAAAAACAAGGCAGCAGCGUGCAAAACGACAAGCAAUUUACCUGAAAACUGAUGAUUUACUUAAUGUAAACAAUACCAACAACAACAAUAACAAUAGCAACAACAACGAUAGUGUUACUCUUAAUAGCAAUAACAACAAUAAUAGCAUAAAUAACCAUAACAAUAACAAUGAAUAUCGUAAAAUAGCAAACAACAACAACGCAAAUACUCAAAAUAAAUGUAAAAAUAUACAAAAACAAAAAGACAACAACAACGAUGCUAACACUAAUUAUCUAAAUCAACAAAUGAGCAAUAUUAAAACAACAACACCAGCAACACCAGUAGCAGAAAUUGCUCAACUCAGUACAGCCUCAGUUAGCCCAAAAAUAGCAGAAUUUGCAAACACUCAGCUACACACAGUUGGCGCUGAGCAAGGUUUUACCAGUCGUCGUGCAGCACGUCAAGCAAUAACAACGUCUGAUAGGCGUUGCGGUAUAUACGAGCGCGAUUCGGAUUUCGUAAACGAUAUCUUGUGUGCUUUCGAUACGUUUUUGCAACGCGAAACAACAGUUGAAGCCGUUGAAGAAGAAUCUCAAAAUAAAUGUGAGAAAUCAAAAUCUCAGGAAGUGAAUAAUAAAAUCGGUAGCGUUUAUGGAAGUGAGUGUGUGGAACGGUGCGAUAUCGCCAAUGCAAUAAAUGAAUGUACAUUAAAAAAUUUGAAUGAUUUAGUGCCAAAAUUUAAAAAUUCCACAAUCCUUGCGAGUACUGAUCGUAGUAGUAGUGUUGUGUCUUCAAACAGUUGGUCAUUUGGUGCUACAUUAGCCAUAGAUGCACAUAUUUUUAAUUAUAUAACGCUACUUAGCCAGCUGGCGUUAUCGGCCAGUUUAAAUAGAAUUGUAAUUUUUCAUGAUAAGCCAUUGCGAGAAUUUUUAUAUUGUAUUACCCAAGUGUCGCCAUAUCGUGUGAAGUGUGCACAAUAUUCGAUCGUACGUUUGCGGCGCUGGUAUAAACGUUUUCACACUUAUACUUGUCAACAGAUAGUCCAGAAAGAUAAUUUGGCGCCCUUAGAAGAAACUAAAACGCCAUCAAUAACAAGAAUAGCAGCCACAACAACUACAACAACAACAACAACAACAGUUGUUAAGUGUAUUUUAGUGUCGAAAGCAAUAAGUCGGGACGACGGAAAUGUUCAGACAGACGUGACGGCUGCUAAUGUUUCCGCUACUGAACAAAUUAUAGACCAAAAUUCAAUUAAUGACACAGUAAAUGUGGCAAGCGCUGAGAAGAAUGUGCCAAACAGUGUUGACAACUGUGUUGAGUUGAAAGAGUCAGAGAGUGUUGAAGAAAGUUGUAAGACACUUGAAAAAAAGAGGACUUUAAGUAGUGCAAGUGUUAAAGAAAAUGCAAUUAUAAGUGAAGUUGAUAAAAGCCAUAUUGAAAAUAGAGAAGAAGAACAAAUACUUGUAGAGAAAACUAGCACAAAUUCAAAUACAAAUGAUAUAGUAACAGCAAGUGAAUUAGUUUCUUCUAAAAGUUUUACCAAACCACAAGUGCCUGCCAGAGAUCCAAAAACAGUCUUAACCAAUACAACAAGUAUAAAUAUAAUACCACCACGUCCACCACCACGCGAACUUCUUAAUAAUACUCAAGUCACAGAAGCGCAGUGUGUGACAACACCUACGUCUAAUUCUACUACUACCCCCAACAUUAAUAACUCCAUAAGCGUUGAUAUGACUGUGCCUGCUGCAAAUACUAAUAAUCCCACACAUAAUCCCAUUACUGGUAAUGCCAAAAAUAUGACAAAUAAAAAUGAAGGUGAUGAUGAUGAUGGCAUCUAUCAACCAAUUUGGAAGUUUAAAACUGUUGGGGAAGCCCAAGAACGUUAUAAUGAUGCAGACAUAGACGCAGAUGCGCGUGAUUCAUCCGUUAUGCCAGCCAUUUUAAUCUCAGAAAAUGUGGACGAUCAUGGUGAAUGGGAGACGGACGAUGAAUUCAUGUUUAGCACACAUAUCAAUAAUAAUUCCACAGCGGAUGGUUGCAGCUUAAAUGAUGGCACUAUACGUUCAACGUAUAGCAGCAACAGCACAGCUACUGGCAGCACCGUUACCGGUUUUGGCAGCAGCACAGCAACUUUGGCAUCAACAAUUAGCGCCAGUUUAACGCACCAUCUCUUUAGAAAUAUUGGCAUUUUUUAUAGUCUUACCGAACCAAAGCUACGUGCAAUUAUUUUCGAUUACGAUCGCAUAAAUUCAUCGUUUUACUUUGCCAAACAUUUUGAACAGACGCAAAAGACUAACACCACACCGUUGUCGUCAUCGUCGUCAUCGCCGUCAUCGUCGUCGUCGCCACCGUACGUUGACAUUGCUGAUGACAGUGGCAUAGGGAAAUCACCGCCAAAGUCUGUACGCUCACCCAUGCCACCGCCACGUACCACUAGUGUUACAAAGUCCCUGUCAACGGCAAGUGAAAGUGUUGUUAUACGCAAAGCUCCACCAGUGCCAAUAGUCAACGAUAAUAAAGUAUUAAUAAAGCCUUCGCUGCCAGAUUCCGUGCAGGCAUGGAAAUUUCUACUCUUGGAUGUGAACUAUUUGGAAGAUGAAGAAGAUAUGAUUGUUUCCGAAAGUGAAAUUUUACGUGCCCAAGAAAUUAAAGAUGACCUCGACACCCGCCAAACACAACAACUGAGUAUUUUACAACGAUUCAAAAGUGCUUCCAUUGGAAACUUAGUGGACUUGCCAAAUGAAGAUGAUAAGAAGUCCAUUGCGGAGCGUAUGCGCAAUAAAUUGCAACGCGGCGUGUUUAAAUUAAACAUGCGUUCACCAAAGAGCGAGAAAAAAAGUCGUGGAAUUUUUCGGCGCGCUGAAGCUACUAGUCUUUACCUGGAGGAUGGUAUGAAGCCGAAAUAUCCAAUAUUCGGUGCACCUUUAGAACAAUUGGAAUUGAACUUAACCACAUAUCCAAAUGUACCUCUCUUUGUAGUAGAUUGUGUUGAGUUUAUAGAACGAAAAGACUGUAUACUACAGGAUGGUUUAUAUCGUGCUUCCGGCAAUAAAGUUUCUGUCGAUGAACUCAAACAAAAACUAUCCGAAAGUUAUAUAUAUGAUCCUAAAUUGUUGGUCACAGAUGAUAUACAUACACUGACGAGUUUGCUAAAGCAAUUCUUUAGAGAAUUGGGUGCACCAUUAAUACCACAAGAGUCUUACGAACGUUUUGGACGUAAUUUAAGUGAUCCAGCGGGCAUACAAAGUUUACGUGACGCACUGGAUGAUAUGCGUGAACCAAAUCGUUCCACAUUAAAAUUUCUCAUCAAACAUCUAACAAACGUUGCUGCCUGCAGUUCACAGAAUCGUAUGCCUGCAUCAAAUCUGGCCAUUGUCUGGGGUCCUUGCAUAUUAUCCGCCAAUCAAAUUGAAUUCGACAUCGGUCGCAUGAAUACACUGGCAAAAGUAUUGAUCGAAAAUUAUGAACAUAUUUUCAAUGAAAAUGAACGUUUAGUUUGUUGAGUUACCGGCGUUAAAAAGGCGUAUUCCAAAUUAGGUGCUAAGUCCUCCAAAUAUUGCACUUCCUAGCACUUCAUCAACUACUCAUUUAGAUCAUCACAAUUAUUAAUUUUAAGUUCAUAUUUACAAUUAAUUAGAAUUUAAUAUUAAUUUAGGAAUUUUAUGCAAAAAUACUUACCAAAAAGACAUUAGCUAUUUGGCGGUAGUUAAGUAAGUCAACUGAUAUUCGUUUUCGUUUUAGGGUUAAGUAUCUGCUUUUUGUUUCUUAAACUGAAAAUAUUCCAAAAAAUCACUUAUAAAUGUUAUGU